CAAUAUUGCUGGGCAAACAAACCGGCUUUCAUAGGCACAGGGGUGCUUGUCAAAAAAGGAAAUCCAGGCAACAGGGAAAUUCAGAGGCGAUUAUGUUUUGCUCUAAUGCGUACGUUGUUUUAACGUUAAGGAGUAGGCUACUGCACCUUGUGAAUUACAUGAUACAGAAUAGUUGGAGAAGCUAAAACGUAGCUUCACAAUCUGCAAGGAAUGUUAAAUUGGGGUUAAGUAGGUCAACACAUUAGUUGGUGCCAGAAAGCAAUGCACAGGAUGGAAUGAGGAUGAGACAACUCUGAAAGAAGGGAUCGUCUCCACUACUACAUUAUUAGCACGUAUAAGUACGAAUAGUGGCAACCAUACGUAAUUGGUUUUAAAGCGUUCGGAAUACAUAAACACCCGGCACUAGUCUACGGGUACAAGCAAACGCAGGAACAUUCACAGUAUCAGAACGAUGCAGGUGAUCCAGCACUCAGUUGAGAGAUUACGGACUGCCCUUGUGUCAAACCGCCAGGAUUUGGUAGCCCUCUAUCAGAAGUACAGUCGCCAGGAGAGGCGUUUAAUGGAGGAAGGCCUCCAUCUUGACAGCACCCUGUUCUGUCCCAUCAGCUUGCACUCAGAUUCUGACUGGAUCACUGCACAUCCGGAGGAACCCCAGGACUUCCAGAGUUUCUACAGCAACCCCCACCGCAGUACUCCUGUUAAAGGCAGAAAUACCAUUUAUAUCCAGACCAUUGGCUCAUUUGGUGGAGCAGAAGCUCUCACAGAGCAGUAUGUGGGCUGGCUGCGGGACUACUGUGAGGCAUUUUAUCAUGGGCUUACGGUCAGGCUCCUUGACCCUGUGACAGUGGCUGCCACUGGCUGUGCCUUUAGAAUCAACGGCAACACACACAAUCUACAGAUACAUGCCGGUGAUUUACUAAAUUUCUUGCUGAAGAGGAAGCCCAAAGAUGCCUUCUGUAUUGUGGGGAUCACCAUGAUUGACUUGUACCCCAGAGACUCCUGGAACUUUGUAUUUGGCCAGGCGUCCCUCACUGAAGGAAUGGGGGUUUUCAGUUUUGCCAGAUACGAUGACAAUUUCUAUAGCAGGAGUUACAAAGGACGACUGCAGAAAGGGAAGAUGAGACCGGGGGAUUACACAGUGUUCACUGGAUACUACACCCCACCCAUCACCAGCACCCUGCUGCUCAGGUCCUGCAAGACCCUAACCCAUGAGAUUGGACACAUCUUCGGCAUAAAGCACUGCCAGUGGCUGCGGUGCGUAAUGCAGGGCUCCAAUCAUCUGGAGGAGUCGGACCGUAGGCCCCUGCACCUCUGCCCCAUAUGUCUGCGCAAGCUUCAGUCGGCACUGGAAUUCAAGAUGGCUGACAGAUACAGGGCUUUACUCCAAUGGAUGGAACCAGGGUUGCCUAGCAAAGAGCCACACACAUCCGCGGAGUCUGUGGCCCACUCAGCCAAACCCACCCAGGCGUUCGAGGAGUCCAGGCAGUGGCUGCAAAAGUGCCUGCAUGUGCUGGAGAGUGAAAUGCUUUAGCUUUGUGUCAAACCUGGCACAUUCUGGAUGUGUCCUGCCUGUGUAUUUGUAUGUAUAUCUGACAAAAUGAUAGUGAAUGUAUCUGGGACCUCAAAGUCGAAACAUCCAAUUGUCCUUGAAAAGAAAAAGAAAGACGUCCCAUUUUAAAAGUAAACACUAAGCGCUAAAUCAUUAGCACAAUGUAAUUUAUUAUGUAGAUAUCAAGGCUUGCAGUGUCAGUGUGUUCAUAAUGGUACUGUGACUAACUGGGCUGCUCACUGGUUUGUAGAUUAAUUUCAUUAUGAAUAAUCAUCGGUCACUGGAAAGUGAAGUGCGUACCUUCACAGACAAAAUAUUUUGUGUCUCGGAAUGUAGCGCCACCUCACAAAAGUCAGUUUAUAGCAUGGACUACUGUAGCAAGAAUAAAUCCUGGAAAAGCAUUAAUGUAUCCUUAAAAUUAGGUUUUAUGUAGAAUUCAUAGACAUGUGGCACAAUCCAUACAGCAGCCGACUGUCAAACCAUAGACCAGCCUUCCUAAGUGGUUGGGGGUUCAGUCCUCUACCAUGGUCCCUUCUGAGCUGUGUUCCUUUAACUGUAACCCGCUCUGCUUCCUCAUUGUCUGGCAAAAUCUAUAUAAUUAAAAAUUAUUUAUGUUUUUUUUAA